UGAAAUUUUUUAAUAAUGGAUAUUUUAAAAGCAGAAAUAAUGAAGAAAAGAAAACAGUUGGAGGAAAGUAAUGUUUUGCAAAAUAACAAGAAAUAUUUUAGAAGAAGUGAAUUAAUGACAAAAGAUCAAAAAGUAAAAGAAAUACAAGAAAAUAAUAAUGAUGAUAUUAAAAUUAAUACAAUUCAACAACAAGAAGAUUCUGUAACUGAUGGUAGUUCUGAGCAUUUAACAUUACCUAGGCACGAAGUAAUUAGAAGAUUACGUGAAAGAAGUGAACCUAUAUUAUUAUUUGGAGAAUCAGAAAUAGAAGCCUUUAAACGAUUAAGAAAAUGUGAAAUUCUUGAACCUGAAGUAAAUAAAGGUUUUAGAAAUGAUUUUCAAGAAGCUAUGGAACAAGUAGAUCAAGCAUAUUUGAAUGAAAUAUUAGCUUCUUCUAAACCUCAAGAUCGCGAUGGAAAAGGAGAUGUACAUGUGCCAGAUGAAGGAGUUACUUAUGAAGAUUUACAAAAAAUGUCUAUAAAAUUAAAUAAGGGUGACAGAGAUUUUGAUUUAAAUGUCAUUACACAAUUCAUACAAUUCUUAGUACAAAUGUGGGGUAAUCAAUUAAAUAGUAGAAGUACUGCAGAAAAAAUGAGCACCAGAGGAAAAAUGGCUAGUGCUACUUAUGCCCAAACAAGAGAAUAUUUAAAACCUCUUCUUAGAAAAUUAAAAAAUAAAUCCCUUCCAGAAGAUAUUACUGAUAGUUUAACUGAUAUUGUAAAACAUUUACUUGAACGUAAUUAUAUAUUAGCAAGUGAUGCAUAUUUACAAAUGGCAAUAGGAAAUUCUCCAUGGCCUAUUGGAGUAACUAUGGUUGGUAUUCAUGCGCGUACUGGAAGAGAAAAAAUUUUCUCAAAAAAUGUGGCACAUGUAAUGAAUGAUGAAACUCAAAGAAAAUAUAUUCAAGCAUUAAAAAGACUUAUGACCAAGUGUCAAGAAUAUUAUCCUACAGAUCCAUCUCGUUGUGUAGAAUAUUCAAAAACAUAAUAUUUUUAUAUGUAAUAUACAAAUUACAUAUAAUUACAUUUUGUAUAAUAUAUAAUUGUAAAAUAUUUAACAUAUAAUAUACAUUAUCAAUAUUUUAUUUUUUCUUACUAGCAUUAUAAUUAAAUUAUAUAUAAAAA